CAUAGCUCAUUCGCGAUACCAGCUUGACCAUUGGGCUACACUUGGUUCUGUGAUCAACGGAUGUGACAACGGUGGAGACGCAUCUCUGAAGCUAUGUUAUAUUACAAUGGGAGCCAAAGUAGAACAAAGAAACUGUGAUCAUUUCCAAACAUUUCAGAUUUCGAUCCUACAUCUCUGUUAGGCUAGUUUUAUUCCAGCAGGACUGAUUUCUUUCCACUGAUGUUGACUAACAUUUGUCACUCCUGAGGCCAUCGGCUUCCUCUCGGCUGUGGGCGUCUUCGUGGUGGUGCUGGCUGUGCUCUUCCUCUUCAUCAACAAGAAGCUGUGCUUCUCCCGCGUGGGCGGCCUACCCUGCCUGGAGCAGUACGGCAGGAGGAAGCGCGCCAAGGACAAGGCCAGCAUCCACCAGGGCCUGGGUGAGUGAGUCGCUCCAGAGGUGGGAGCUGGAUGGGGUUAUGGGGACUAAUCAGAGCGGCCUUUUCCACACACCUGGCUAGUUUCAGCCGACUAUUCUGUCAUUUUGCAUCAUCUGUCAUUUCGCAUCCUCUAAUUACAUUUUUUAUUUGCUGGGUAAACUUGCAUGCCUUUCCUUUUUACUCAAUAUUGGUUUUGCAGGAGUUUAGCUUGACCAGCUUAUUUGGUAUAGUGUCAGUGGCCUGCCUGGCGUGGGACUUGCCGUUCCUCGGUGACGCACUACCGCCCAUGUUACAGCACAUUUCCCUUGCAAUCAGCCGCAACACUGGGCUGUAAUUUUGAUUCUCCAGUUCUGUGCCUCGACAGCAUAAACAAAUACUGUGCCUGACGUCACUCCGGUGUCUGAUGUACUUGUGAACGUUUGUCCUGUGCUUUCUACCCUUAAGCCGUGUAGCCUGUCCUGUUUGCUGUGGUUUGACUUCCUGUUGCUCCUUACAGUUGAUUGACUCUCUCAGGGACUGCCCUUUUUCGUCAGAUGAGAACAUGCUCAGGAGCAUUUUGUUUUCACAGGACACUGCACUUAUUGUAUUAGGUUGCAGCUUACGUCAUGUGUGAUUCGAACCGCGGGGAGUAGCAGGAGGAUGGCAUGACAUAUCCCUGGGAGGGAUGUUUACCUCUGAGCCUCUGAUAGAGGUUCCCAGAACUCAUCUUUCAUGAAGCGUAGUUUAAUCCUACAAAGCACAGGUGUCAGAAUCCAGUCCUGGAGGGUCGCAGCGUCUGCUGGGUUUUGGUGAAUUUCACCUUUUAAUCCUGUUUAAUCCUCUAAAGUGAUGUACACAGCACAGAAAGAACUAGCUAUAUCUGCUGUAUGUUUUUCCCCCGAAAGCCUUCAUUGGUAGGAUAGCGUCGAAAACUUUUGGCAAACAGAGACCGUCUGCCAAAGGUUUUCACCCGGGUAUUUAAAAACGUAAGCCACAAAUCAAAUUUGCAAAGCUUCUCGGAGCUUCUCGGAGAACCGUAGCUGCCAAGGUCCAAUGGGUUAAUUUUUGCAAGAGAUAAAACAGGAAAUGAGGAGAGGUGCUAUGCCAGCUCCCCUUUGCCUGUACACUUGAGAAGUACGCUGCUCACACCUGGCUUUCACCUACCCCUGACAGACCAAGACACGGCUCGUCAGUGCAGCUCUGGGGCACUUAUUCAUGAUCUCUACCUGUGUUCUAUAUUCCAGAAAAGGCUUGAUCGGUGUGCUGGGGGGUCCGCUGCUCCUCCUCACGGUGGGAUAUAGGCAGUCGGGUCUCGCUGUGCGUCCGCUGGCAUACAGUGAUGUCAUCUCCUCAGGAGGCGCAGGGCGGGGCCUCUGCGUUCUCCGCCUGGCUCUCUCAGGUCUCCGGGGCCAUUUCCGGCGCCUUUCUCGGCCCCGCUAAGCCGGGGCCCACAGCUGCUGAAGAGCCCCCAGCAGACAGAGCCCAGGACGGGGCGGACCCCGUGCUGCUGGAGGAUGGCCUGCACUCAGGCAGGAGCUCCAGAGCGGGCGUGGCCAGCCUGGACGUGUCCGCCAUGGGCCCCCAGGAGAAGCUGGAGGCCAUCCGCGCCCGGCUCGCCCAGCUGGGCCUGACGGACGAGCAGAUAACAGAGCGCCUCUCCACCAUCCCGGAGGAGAACGAGGACCUGGAGAGCCAGCUCUUCGACUUAGAGGAGGGCGGAAUGAGCACACUGACCCCACACUGCUCCGUGAACAGCUACGGGGACGACGAGGAUCAGUCCACGUCUUCGGACAGCGAGGACGAGAUCAUCAAGCAGUUUGAGAUCUCCGUGUCCCGCUCUCAGAGUUUCCGCUCGGGCGCGGGCGCGGCCGAGGCCGGGCAGCCGAGCGCCCCCGGGCAGCGCCACAAAUUUACGCGCCUGCUCUCCGACCAGGAGGAGGGCAGCACGGAGCCCUCGGACUGCGAAGACGCCGAUGGGCUCAGCAGGCUGAGCUACCAGGACCCCCUGAUGUGCGGGGAGGACGAGCGGGGCUCCCUCGGGUCCCGGGGCACGGCGGACGAGCUGGAGCCCGGUCCGCGCGCGGCCUCCGCCGUCACGGAGGACAGCCUGGACCCCGGCCCGAGCCUGCAGGGCGCAGAGGAGAGCAUGGAGAUGGAGACCGCCGCGGACAACCAAGGCUUCGACAACAACGAGGCCACGGACAGCUCCUCCACGUGGAGCCCCGAGGUACUGCAGUCAGGGGAACAAGGUGCUGGGGAGCCACUCUCCGAGCCGCCCACCUCCCACCAUCCAAUCUCCAAGUGCGGCGACCUCAUCAUCAUCCUGGACUACAAGGCGGAGGCGCAGAAGCUGCUGGUGACCGUGGUGACGGCGCGGGACGUCCCGGACAAGGAGCGCAGCGGCAUGGACGCCUGGCAGGUGCACGUGGUCCUGCUGCCGGGCAAGAAGCAGCGGCACAAGACCAGCGUCCAGCGGGGGUCGGCGCCCCGCUUCAGCGAGACCUUCCGCUUCUCCCGCCUGGACCCCGGCGAGCUGGGCGGCUCCGCCCUGCGCUUCCGCCUCUACGCCAUGGGCACGAUGGGGCGCGAGCGCAUGAUGGGCGAGCGGCUCUUCCACCUGAGCGGCCUCCGGCCCGACGGAGAGAUGGAGGCCACGCUGGUGCUGGAGCCUCGCAGCAACAUGAAGAGUGCGGACUCCCAGCUGAGCCUGUCGGCCGUCUCUCAGAGUGACAGCGCCUCCUCCACGCAGUCCCUGUCCCACGGCGGAGUCCCCGAGCUGCUCAUCGGCCUGUCCUACAACGCCACCACUGGCCGCCUUUCCGUGGAGCUCAUCAAGGGCAGCCACUUCCGCAACCUCGCUAUCAACAGACCACCUGACACCUAUGGAAAAAUGACUCUGCUCAACUCCAUGGGGCAGGAGAUCUCCCGCUGCAAGACCUCCAUCCGACGGGGGCAGCCCAACCCCGUCUACAAGGAGACCUUCGUCUUCCAGGUGGCGCUCUUCCAGCUGAGCGACGUCACCCUCAUGAUCUCCAUCUACAACCGGCGCAGCAUGAAGCGCAAGGAGAUGGUGGGCUGGGUCUCCAUGGGCCAGAACAGCAGCGGCGAGGAGGAGCAGCUCCACUGGCAGGACAUGAAGGAGUCGCGGGGCCAGCAGGUGUGCCGCUGGCACGUCCUGCUCGAGUCCUAAAAAUGCACGCCGCUCCGAACCACCCCCCCACCCCUCCCCCCCC